AUGUGUUUCUUUGCGGGAGGUCUACGGUUUUCAGAACAAGGCUUUGGGCAGAGCGCCGUGCAACUGAAUUCGUCGCUGCUCACAAUCAGUGUCAUAGCCGUGUUACUCCCUGGAGCGUUUCACUUGGCACUUACUGACACGAGUUCAGGGCCAGAUGAACUUUCAAUUGACCAGGAAAUUUUGAAGACUAGCCAUGGGGUGAUCUAUGCCUCGUAUCUCGUUUUCCAGUUAUUUUCUCACAAAGAUCUUUACAACGACAAAAACAUUGAAGCCAGCGUGGCUUACGAAAAGAAUCCGUUUAAAAUCCCUAAACGUGCUGUGAAGCCCCAAUUUGGCACUGUUGAUGGUUCAGCUGUUGCAAAAACUUCUAAUACAGAAGACGUUGAGUCUGGUGAUCGUGCGCCGGCCGAAGCAGAAGAGGAGGAAGAAGAAGAGGUGCCUCAAAUGAGCGUUCUUGUGACUAUCAUCCUCCUGGCCGUGGUCACAGUAUUUGUGGCUGUGACGGCUGAAUGGCUCGUCGACUCCAUUAAUGGUCUCACCGCCACGGGGGCCAUCAGCAAGGAAUUCGUCGGCGUCAUCCUCCUUCCAAUUGUCGGCAAUGCCGCUGAGCAUGUCACCGCUGUUACUGUCUCGGUGAAGGACAAGCUUACGCUGAGCUUGGGUGUUGCCGUUGGCUCGAGUAUUUACAAUUUUCAACUCCUGUCAAUUUUAUUCGGCUCAAACGAUCUGGAAAAUAGGUUUAUCAUCACGUUGGCAUGGAUUCUAGGCAAACCCCUUACUCUGCUCUUUGACCCUUUGGAAUCCAUUGUUAUGUUCUUGGCAGUGAUUACGGUCAAUUAUGUUGUUCAGGAUGGAAAAUCAAAUUGGCUUGAGGGAAUGAUUCUCAUGUGUUUGUAUCUUAUCCUUGGAGUGACAUUCUGGUUCUACCCAGGUGCCACAUCUACUUCAGCGCUACUAUGCACGUAA